AUGGCCUCUGGGCGAUCGAAGCCCAUUGACAUACCGAGACGAGUCCCAGCUGAAGAAGAAGCAUCCGAAAUCAUUCCCCUCACAGGACACCCGCCGCGAGAAUGGACGACAGAUUCGACCCCUUCGCCCAGUCGCGCGGCGACGACGACCUCUUCGCCGACGACUUCGAACCUGUUGUUCAGGAGACAGUCAUCGUCCCUGAACCAGAGACCACGCGCCCCGUCUCUGCUCACAAUGGCCUUCCACCCCGAGCUGGCCACGCCGACAGCGCGUCAGGGCCAGCCGGGAAUGGAGGCGCCAGCGACCGAGGCAGGCGAGAGGGAGGACGCGGCGAAGGGCGCGGGCGCGGAGGACAAGAAGGCAGAGGAGGCAGAGGAGGCCGCGGCGGGCAAGAAAGACGCGGCGGGGGAGGAGGACAAAGAGGCAGAGGAGCUGGGCCCGCGGGCGCAGAAUUCUACAUCCCCCAGCACCGAUCCAAGCGCGCCCGCGAGGACAGCCCCCUCCCCACCUCCUACGACGCAGACACAAGCUCCACCUCCCGAGAAUGACAAGCCUGCGCGAGCACCGGCGGUGCGCGGCGAUCGAUCUGCGACCGGCGGACCGGCACACAAGAAGCUCACGGAAGAAGAACUCGCGGAGAAGCUCGAGAAGAUGAAGAUCCUGAACGCGCAGAAGGCAGAACGUUUCCGCCUUUCGGAAGCUGACUCGGCGGCCUUCGCCAUGCGAGAGAGGGAGUCGGCACAAAAGCGCCUUGAGGAGCAGCGAGCGACACGUCAUCAGGAUAUGGAGCGCGCGAAGAAUAGGCAGAGGAAGUUACAGGCACAGGGAGGACGCGAAUGGGAUAGUGAGAAAGUCGAUAGCGACAUUGUGGAUGGGCGGGGGAGGGGCCGCAGCAGCGAGUAUGUACGGGGUGGUCAUGGCGGCAUCAUCAGGGGUGGUCUGGCGGGCUCUCGUUAUGCUACUGCGGACCAGGAAGGGCCAGAUACGGGUCGACCUUCGAGGGGUCGUGGAGGCUAUGGAGGGCAUGAAGGGCGGGGCAGAGGCAAUCGGGGUGGUAGAGGUGGUGGGCGAGGAGGAGCUGUUCCAUCUACAAUACCUACUCCUGAGGAUUUCCCUUCACUUCCAACUCCAGCAAAAUCUCCCACGCCAUCUGCCGCAGCAGCGACUGAGGUCAAGCCAUCCACCACCGAGAAGGAGACCGAGGUCAAAUCACCAACCGCCGAGAAGGGUCCUGGAGAUUGGGCGGAGGAAAUGGCAACACCAGUGGAUGAGAAGAAAAUCACAGUUUAAUAAUUACUUAGCAAAGUUCAUUUCAUGCAUUGUAGAAUUAGAGACCCGUCUACGGACCGGGCAUAGCGGGCAAUUUCACAAAAGCGUCGAUCACCU